UACAGUCACAUGGAGUUUAGUAGUUGACUGUGGUUAGUGAUAUUGCUUUGUGUGGAAGGUUGUCAAAAUUUUUGUGUAGUUGUAGCUCUGUGACAGGAAAGGUGAUCGUGAAAGGUUUAGUGAUGGCAGGGCAACGCUAUUUAAGUAAUCAGAAUAGCCCUUUUUUCGCCAUAGAGGAUGAUGUUGAUGAUGAAACGUUCCUACGAAAUUCGAGAGUUGGAAAAUCAAGUUAUAAUCAAGAUAGGGUAGAUUUAGAAGACAGGAGACAACAGUUGCUUGAGAGAAAACGAGAAAUAGAAGAAAGAACUUUAGCGUCUUCCAACAGGUCCAUUACAAUGUUGCGGGAUUCGGAACAGAUUGGAGUUGCGACAGCAGAAGAACUAUUGCGUCAAAGAGAGCAGUUGGAACGUACAGACAAGAGACUGGAUGAUAUUAACGCAACUCUGCGAUUCAGCCAAAAACAUAUUCAGGGCAUCAAGAGUGUAAUGGGCAGUUUGAAGAAUUACUUCAGUGGAAAAUCUAACGAACAGCCUCCUGGUUCCAAAGAAAAAUCUAGUAUCGAUGCUGAUAACAAGACCAAAAGUCCAUUAGUUGACACUAUUGAUAGAACAAGAAGCGCCCCUGGCUUAGUCUCACCAGUUGAUUCUCAUCCAGACCCUGAUGGAGUAAUAUUAUCGGAAGGACUGUCAUCUGCCUCACUAUUCACAUCUGCAGGUCUACGAACCAGAGGAUUAACAACUGAUACCUUCGCCUCUGCUGACACUAAUGAUAUGAGUGACAUGCAGUUAGCUUUGGACCGUAACUUGGAAGAAAUGUGUGGUUCAUUGUCACGGCUGAAAGGUUUGGCUGCUGGGUUAGGGGAAGAAAUUGACUCUCAGAAUGAGCUACUUGAUAAAAUAACAGACAAAACAGACACAGCAGAUACCACUUUGCAGCGCCAAAAUAAGGAUAUGCGUCGCUUGCUGGGCAAGAAAUAGUGUGUUGGUGACAACAUAAUAGGACAGUGGGACCUUACAAAGAUGGAAACUUGAGCUGCCAUUACCAUCUUGUGGUGUGAAGAGUUCUCUUGGUGUGUUUCUUAUGAAACAGUUUGUUUCCUUCCAGUGAACACUGAAAUUUAUUUACAUGGAAGGUGGAAAUUUGUGUCAGUUUUUAAAGUGAUUUUUUUUCCUUAUGAAAUCUGACACAUGUAAAAACAAGCACAGCUUAGUGUAGAUGUCAUUAUGCAAUCUCAGUGAUAUGUUAAUUCAGCAAGCUAUGUUAAUUUGUUAAAUGUUUUGAUGAAACCUAUUGUUCAGUCUGUGUUGAAUGCAUCAUUUUUGUGAUGUGGUGAGAGAGAUUGUAGGGGAGGCUACAAGGUGUGUGUGUGUGUGUGUGUGUGUGUGUGUGUGUGUGUGUGUGUGUGUGUGUGUGUGUUUUGGGGAGAGGG